AAUGAAUAGAUUUGAAGAAUCUUUUAAAUUUUACUAUGUGGCUCUUUAGUUUAAAACACAUGAUUAAGAUUAUUAAGAAAUCAAUUAAUUAGCAAGUGCUCUAUAGAGAAGAAAUAGAGUUGAAUAAGCUUAGAAAUAUGAAGAUUUAGCGAGUUAGUAUAAAGAUAUAUUCAAAAGUUUCUGUUAUCAUUCAGUGAAUUGAAUAUCAUAUAUUAAUGUUUAUUAUGAU